AUGAAACUUUAUUUUGCUAAUUUUAGUAUAAACAGUACUGAUUUUUCUAAUGUAAAGCCAUGCUAUAGCAUUGCCUCCUAUCUACCAACAGAAACUCCUACCAUAUUAUGUUUAUUUUUCAAUGUUUUUAUUGGCUCUAUAGCAGCAGUAACUGUUUGUGGAAACCUUCUUGUAAUAAUCGCUAUCAUUUACUUCAGACAACUUCACACUCCUACCAAUGCCCUCAUCCUUUCUCUGGCUGUGGCUGAUCUGCUAGUAGGGGCUGUGGUCUUUCCACUCACAAUUGAGUUCUCAUUAAGUUCAUGCAUGUAUCAUGAAGAUUUAUUGUGUAAAGUGAGAAGCAGCUUUGAUAUAACACUGAGCACAUGUUCUAUUCUGAAUCUAUGUUGCAUUUCUAUUGACAGAUAUUAUGCAGUGUGCCAGCCACUGACAUACAGAACUAAAGUAAGCAGUCAUGUUGUUGUGGUGAUGAUCUUGGUAAGCUGGGGUGUUCCAGCUGCAGUUGCCAUUGCUCUGGUAGGAUUUAACAGAACAAAAUGUAGACAAAACUGUUUUUUUACUGUUGUGCUAGGAAAAAUUCUGAUAGUCCUGAUUACAUUUUACUCACCACUGUUGGUAAUGAUAUGCAUCUACCUAAAGAUUUUUUUUGUCGCACAAAGACAAGUGUACAGCAUUCACAGCAUUAAAAACUCUGGAGGAUCUGUUAGCAUAAUGGAGCGGAAGGCUACAAAAACAUUAGCAAUUGUAAUGGGAGUUUUUCUGCUGUGUUGGCUGCCUUCCUUUCUUUGUACAACUAUUCUUACUUUCAGUAAUGCUUCAAAGCCUGGGCCUCUGAUAGAAAUACUUAACUGGCUUGCGCUUUCUAAUUCAACAUUCAAUCCAUUUAUUUAUGCUUUAUUUUAUAGCUGGUUCAGGUCAGCAUUCAAAAUGAUAAUUUCAGGAAAAAUUAUUUUAGGAGAUUUUACUAACUUUAAACUUGUUUAA